AUGGUCAAGCGAAAGAGGUCGCGCGAGGACGAUCUUGAGGCGAAGCUCGCCGACUACAAAAAGGAGAUUUUCAGGGCCAUCAAAGGCGCAAAGGGCCUCGAGCGUCAACGGUACAGCAAACGCUUGCGCGAUGACAAGGCGUCGCCAGACAAGGCCAAGCGGUUGGAGAGGGAGAUUUUAGUGUUAAAGUCCCUCGACCUCCAGCAAACCGCCGACGCACACCUCCACUCCUCGCUACUCAAGAUCAAGCAGAUCGCCGAAAGCCCCGCUCUCCCCGAAGAGAUUAAGCAGGGCGUGCCAAAACCGGAUUUGUCUGAGGAGGAGAAGGCGGCGCUGCAUAACGUCACGAGCGGCUUGUUCAACCGCCCGCAUGUCCGGGAGGCCGUUGACAAGGCGGUGCGGGGCGUUUGCCUAAUCCUCAACGUACCUAUACCAGACAAGAAGAGCAAAAAGGGGAAGAAGGAUUCUGCUGCCGCCGCUGAGAACAAGAAGCAAUCAAAGGAUGAGGUCGACGAUGAACCUAGGGAAUCGAAGAAGGCGAAGUUGGUGGAUGCAAAGGAUGUAUCCGCGAAACCCAAGGCCGAAUCUAAACCGAAAGAGACGGUGGUAGAGGCAGAGGAGGAACCGAACCCAUUUGACGAGAUGGACGACGAGAUCCCAACGGAAAGCGAUGCCUCGGACGGCGGAAAGAACGCAGACGUCGCCGACGACGAGGAGAUCGAUUCAGACGAAGAAGAAGAGGAAAAGGCCCUGUCCAAGAUGGAAGCCAUGCUCGGCGGCUCCGACUCGGAAGAAGACAGCCCCGACGAGGAUCUCAAGGCCAGGUACAAGGCUUUACUAAGUGAAGUCGCCGACGAAGGGGACACGGCCGACGACGAGAGCAACAGCGACGACGAAGACGAGGACGAGGACGAAGAGAUGGCGGACCCGGACUCUGACGCAGAAGACAGCGGCAACGACUCGGACCGCCAACGCCGCAUCAACGCCGCCAACGUCUCCCUCUCCCCGGAACCGGAACCGAGCAGCAGCAGCAGCAAAGAGAAGAAAGUCAAGCGCGCCAAAAAGCCCACAGGCCGGCCCGGCGAGACGACGUUCCUACCCUCGCUCAUGGGCGGGUACAUUUCAAACUCCGAGUCCGAGGCCUCGGACCUCGACCUCGCGCCGCCCAAGAAGCGGCUCGGCCAGAAACAGCGCCAGGCCAUCUGGGAGAAGAAGUACGGCGCGUCGGCGAACCACGUCAAGAAGCAGGCCAACGGGCAGAGAGGGGCGGGCGGCGCGAGGGAUAGCGGGUGGGAUAUGAGGAAGGGUGCCGUGGGUGCCGACGAGGACGGCGGAGCGAGGAAGCCUUGGAAGAAGGGCGUUUCGAACCCGUUGGGCGGCGGCGGCGGCGGCGGCGGCAAGGGUAGGGAUCGCGGGGGUAGAGGUGAGGAGAAGAAGAAGGCGAGGGCGCCGCCCAAGAAAGACGAUGAGGGGAUUUUGCAUCCCAGUUGGGAGGCGAGGAAGAAGGCCAAGGAGGCGCAGACUACGGCUGCGUUCACGGGUACAAAGAUUACUUUCUAG